CUUUCCCGCAGUUUCUGAGGAAAAAGGAGAAGGAAAAGAAAGAGAGAAGAACCAGAGAUGGAGAGGAGCUUAACUCUAACGUAUGCAGCGUCAGCCUCAAGACCACUAUGCUUCAAUCGCAGUCCUUCAUCAUCAUCGUUAUGGCUUCCAAGCACUAGCAGAAGCAGUAGAAAGGGAAGAGCCGUUUCAAUGGUUAAGGCAUCCUCUGCCUCGAGACCGACCCUCGCUUCGAAUUGGGAUCUCUCCAGUCUUCAGUCUGCUUCAGCCCCCACUUGGAUGCCCAGAUUCGAAGAUCUUGACACCACUAACAUGCUCCUACGCCAGCGAAUCGUGUUCUUGGGCUCUCAGGUGGAUGACAUGACUGCAGAUUUGGUCAUAAGUCAGCUCUUAUUUUUGGAUGCUGAAGACCAGGAAAAGGACAUCAAGUUAUUUAUCAAUUCACCUGGUGGCUCUGUUACUGCUGGAUUGGGAAUAUAUGAUGCGAUGAAGUUGUGCAAAGCUGAUGUUUCUACUGUUUGCCUGGGGCUUGCUGCAUCUAUGGGUGCCUUUCUUCUUGCUUCUGGUUCAAAAGGAAAAAGGUUUUGCAUGCCAAAUUCAAGAGUGAUGAUCCAUCAACCUCUUGGAACGGCCGGGGGCAAGGCAACAGAGAUGGGGAUACGAAUCCGAGAAAUGAUGUACCACAAAAUUAAGCUGAACAAGAUACUGUCAAGAAUCACAGGGAAACCUGAACAACAGAUAGAAGCAGAUACUGACCGUGAUAAUUUCAUGAAUGCUUGGGAGGCAAAAGAGUAUGGAUUGAUUGAUGCAGUUAUUGAUGAUGGAAAGCCAGGAUUAGUUGCACCCACCGCAGAUGCAGGACCUCCUCCAAAAACGCGGGUUUGGGGUCUGUGGAAAGUUGAAGGGAGUAGGAAAGCCAAACAGAAUCUACCCUCAGAGCAUAAACUUUUGCAAAAAGGGCACCAAGGAGGUGAUGAUGAGAAAGGCACAGAACAAGAAAAGGAAGCAUCAUCACCAGUAUGAGGAUGAAGCCAGGAAUAUGGUUUGUUCACCUUGUAAUGUUUUACCGCUCACUGCAGUCAAAUUUGCUAAUUGUUUUGAGUGGCUUGAUCAAUGCGAAGCAUUUAGAGAAAUGGAACAAUUGUGAGGGAUCCUUCACACUUACUGAGUAGAAGUACUUAAGUCCCCCAUAACUUAAAAUUUUGCUUUUUACCCAAAAACAAAAUACACUAUUUGUAUUAGUGCAUGAAAAUUUUGUUGGCUCUAUGCUCUUGUAGUUUCAUUGUAA